AUGAAUGAGCAUUAUGAUGUAAUUAUUUUGGGAACGGGACUUAAAGAAUGUAUCUUAAGUGGACUUUUAUCCCAUUAUGGAAAAAAAAUAUUAGUGUUAGAUAGAAACCCAUACUAUGGAGGAGAAACAGCUUCACUGAACUUAACUAAUUUGUACAAUACCUUCAAGCCAAAUGACAAAAUUCCCACAAAAUAUGGUGAGAAUAGACACUGGAAUGUGGACUUAAUACCCAAGUUUAUUCUAGUUGGUGGAAAUUUGGUAAAAAUAUUAAAAAAGACGAGAGUAACAAAUUAUUUAGAAUGGCUAGUUGUGGAAGGCUCUUACGUUUAUCAGCAUCAAAAAAAGGGUUUAUUAUAUUCAGAAAAGUUUAUACAUAAAGUUCCAGCAACAGAUAUGGAAGCAUUAGUUUCCCCAUUAUUAUCCUUAAUGGAAAAAAAUAGAUGUAAAAAUUUUUAUCAGUAUGUAAGUGAAUGGGAUGCAAAUAAUCGAAAUACAUGGGAUAACUUAGACCCAUACAGAUUAACAAUGAUGGAUAUAUAUAAGUAUUUUAAUUUGUGCCAAUUAACUAUUGAUUUUUUGGGCCAUGCUGUAGCAUUAUAUUUAAAUGAUGAUUAUUUAAAUGAACCUGCAUAUAUUACGUUAGAAAGAAUAAAAUUAUAUAUGCAGUCAAUUUCAGCGUUUGGAAAAUCGCCAUUUAUAUAUCCUUUAUAUGGUUUGGGUGGUAUACCGGAAGGCUUUUCAAGAAUGUGUGCAAUAAAUGGUGGAACUUUUAUGCUUAAUAAAAAUGUAGUUGAUUUUGUAUUUAAUGAGAAAAAAGAAGUAUGUGGAAUAAAAUCAAGUGAUGGGGAAGUUGCUUAUUGUGAUAAAGUAGUAUGUGAUCCUAGUUAUGUAAUGCAUUUAAAUAAUAAAAUAAAAAAAAUUGGUCAGGUAAUAAGGUGUAUAUGUAUUUUAAGUAAUCCAAUACCAGAAACUAAUCAAACAAAUAGUUGUCAAAUUAUAAUUCCACAAAAUCAAUUAAAUAGAAAAAGUGAUAUAUAUAUUAAUCUAGUAUCUUUUCAACAUGGUGUUACACUUAAAGGUAAAUAUAUUGCAAUUGUAUCAGCAACUGUUGAAACACCUGAUCCAUUAAAAGAAAUAGAAAAACCAUUAGAAUUACUAGGUCCUAUUGAAGAAAAAUUUGUUAAAAUAUCUGAUUUAUAUGUAUCUACAAGUAACAAACCAUCUGAUAAUAUUUUUGUUACGUCGUCAUAUGAUGCUACUUCUCAUUUUGAAACAGCCACAAAUGAUCUUUUGCAAAUAUGGGAAAAUUUAUGGGGGCAGAAAUUAAAUUUUGAUGACCUUAACACAAAGGCAGAUACUGAAGCGUGA